AUGUUGACACAUAUUGUUCUGUACUUAUAUUCUAAGAAUAUUACAUUAUAUUAUUUCAACAUAAAAAUAUAUCUUAAUGGUGUACCUCUUUGA